AUGGAUGGUCGUAAAGAGAAAAAUAGUCCUUGGCUAUCGGUGCCACAAUUUGGGGAUUGGGAUCAGAAGGGCCAAGUGCCAGACUACUCACUUGAUUUCUCAAAAAUCAGGGAAACUAGGAAGCAGAACAAGUCAAAUAUUUCUAGGGCAAGUCUUGGUAAUGAAGAAGAGUUCAUUGAUUCAACCUCCUCCAACGGAAAAACUGGCCUCAGCAGUGAGCACCCCCAACCUCACUACCAUCAAACGGACUCUCCAACUGUAAGGAAGAGUUUCCUCAGCUACUUCAAUUGUUGUGUGAAAGCUUAA